AUGUCACAGUUCAAAGCCAUCGACCCAUUUCCAAACCCAUCUGUGUACCUUCCUUCCUUCAAACAUGCUCAGACGCUGGAGUGGAGCUCUUUUUAUUCUCGAUUGCCCAGAGAGGACCCGUCAGAUCAACUCUCCUGUAUUCAUUUAUGCUCGUCCAAUCUACUCGUUGUAUGCUGGAAGAACCAAGACAACUUUGUUUUUGAUGUCAAAGACGGAGUUUGGUUUCUUAUAUUCACCUUUCGGACCGACGAUCGUCAUGGUUUUAUUAGCGCCGUGGCCUCUUCAUUUAGGACGUCAAAACCAGAGGAUGCCAAAGGUACAUGGCUGAUGUUGGGGACGUCGAAGGGCCAAGUCCUGCUACAAUCAGUACAGGAUAUUCAGGAGAACAAUUUUCCACCCGACGAGUCGUUUGUUAUCCAUGAUAAGCGCUAUACUGGUCCUAUCAUUUCAUUGAAAUAUGAUGAGAUGUAUCACCGUGCUCUUGUCUCGGUCUUCAAGGAACCCUCGACGACAUCAGAAACGCAGGGAUCUGGAACGUUAUUAGUCGCUGAUCGUGAGGUACAUGAUGGUGUUACCAUCUUGGGCCAUCUCCGAGAGGUGUUAAUACCAGACCGUGAUACCACCGACAUGGCGGUUCCAACCGACAUCCACUUCCUCCGUGAUACCAUUCUGGUAACAUUCGGCAACGGAAUCUGUCACGGACGUUCUGAUGUCUCGCCUGACGGAAAAUUUCUCGCUUUUACCACCUUAGGCAAUCUAAAGGAUUCGGCUUCAGUGGCGUCGUUACACGAUGGGAAUCGAGUAAACUUUCCGUUUAGUGGCCUUUCUAAGGGACCGAAUCGCCCACGAUCUAUAGUAUGGACAUCAAAUAGCGAGGUGGUCUUCGCAACUUUUGAGGCCGAUGUCUGUAUUUUCAGCCUCACGGACGCUGUAUACAACAGCGGAAGUGAGGGUCCUGAAAGCGGUGUUACCUGCACAGUGAUGUCCACCGUGAUAGAAUACAGUCUACCAAUGACCAUCACAGAGAGCAACAUGCCCCAGAAGCUCAUUGUCCCAGUUCCUCGUAUCAAACUAUGGAGUGACACUACGUAUACCCACCUGAAGACUGACUGA